AUGAGUACAUUCGGCAGCCCUGGGGCGCUGCCAUCAACCAAGCCAACCCCGCCUCAGCGAGGGAGCUUCCCCUUGGACCACGAUGGCGAGUGCAAAAAGGCCAUGAUCAGCUAUCUUUCCUGCAUGAAAAAGGUCCGCGGCGUCAACGAGGACGAAUGCCGCAACCUGGCCAAGGAGUAUCUUGUGUGCAGGAUGGACAGAAACCUGAUGGCUCGCGACGAGUUCAAAAACCUGGGCUUCGCAGAGCCCCCGGCAGAGCCAGAAAAGGGCGUCAAAGGCGAACUCCGGUGGUAG